AUGAAGAAUUUAAAAUCGCACGGAAUUGGAUCAAUUAUAGGGAUUUCUAAUGAAUCAGAUAUUGAAGAUAGUGAUAUAUCGGACCAAUUUGAUAAAAAGACAGAUAUGGUUUUUGAUAUAACAAAGAAUUGCAUUGAAACUAUAGCUUCCACACAAAAAAAUAGUUUUGUUGCUAUUAAAAUUACUGGGAUGUUGAAUCCUAAAAUACUACAAAAUAUCACCACAUUUUUAAAUUUGUUGGAUGAUAAUUUCGAUAAAUUUGAGAUAAACGGUAAAUUGAAUUAUACAAAUUUUCAAAAUAUUGUCAAGGCCAUUUUUUUAAUAGUCGACCACGAUGGUGAGAAGGAAGUUUCAGUUGUUGUUCAAAAGUUAUUUAAACAAUUUGAUUUGGAUAAUGAUGGAUUUAUUGAUUGCGCACAAAAUUUUCUUGUGGAAAUGGAUGAAAAUAAAAAUAAUGAUUUGUCAGGAACACUAUCAUCACCACCAAAGGAAAUUGAUGAGGAUGAAGAUGAUGAAAUAGAAUUUGAGGAUUCAGUAAUUAAAUUUGGAUCAAAUUAUAAUGAAUGUACAAUAUUUGUUCAUGAUACUGUAGUUGGACAUGCAAGCUCCAUGAGUAAUAUACAAGCAGCAAGAAAAUUGGCAGCACAAGUUGUUCUAGAAAAAAUUGAGAAAAAUGAGACGUACCUUGAUUCUGUAUGUAGUUGUUCAGCAUUUCCAAAAAAUGAUAAUAAACAAUAA